UCAUUCCUUACCAUCCUCUUCCAGUACGUCCAUCCAAUCGAGACAAGACAUCCAAGCUAGCAGCCAUGGCGGACGGCGAGGACAUCCAGCCUCUGGUGUGCGACAACGGGACGGGCAUGGUGAAGGCCGGGUUCGCCGGCGACGACGCGCCCCGUGCCGUGUUCCCGAGCAUCGUGGGGCGGCCGCGGCAUACCGGCGUGAUGGUGGGCAUGGGUCAGAAGGACGCGUACGUGGGCGACGAGGCGCAGUCGAAGCGGGGCAUCCUGACGCUCAAGUACCCCAUCGAGCACGGCAUCGUCUCCAACUGGGACGACAUGGAGAAGAUCUGGCACCACACCUUCUACAACGAGCUCCGCGUCGCCCCCGAGGAGCACCCCGUGUUGUUGACUGAGGCGCCGCUCAACCCUAAGGCCAACCGGGAGAAGAUGACCCAGAUCAUGUUCGAGACCUUCAACACCCCCGCCAUGUACGUCGCCAUCCAGGCCGUCCUCUCCCUCUACGCCAGCGGACGAACCACCGGCAUCGUCCUCGACUCCGGCGACGGCGUCAGCCACACGGUGCCCAUCUACGAGGGCUACGCGCUGCCGCACGCCAUCCUCCGCCUCGACCUCGCCGGCCGGGACCUCACCGACUACAUGAUGAAGAUCCUCACGGAGCGGGGCUACUCCUUCACCACCACGGCAGAACGCGAGAUCGUCAGGGACAUGAAGGAGAAGCUCUCCUACAUCGCGCUCGACUACGACCAGGAGAUGGAGACCUCCAAGACGAGCUCCUCCGUCGAGAAGUCCUACGAGCUCCCCGACGGCCAGGUCAUCACCAUCGGCGCCGAGCGCUUCCGCUGCCCCGAGGUGCUCUUCCAGCCCUCCUUCAUCGGGAUGGAAGCCGCGGGCAUCCACGAGACCACCUACAACUCCAUCAUGAAGUGCGACGUCGACAUCAGGAAGGACCUCUACGGCAACAUCGUGCUCAGCGGUGGCACCACCAUGUUCACCGGCAUCGCCGACAGGAUGAGCAAGGAGAUCACCGCGCUGGCUCCCAGCAGCAUGAAGAUCAAGGUCGUGGCUCCCCCCGAGAGGAAGUACAGUGUCUGGAUCGGAGGAUCCAUCCUCGCCUCGCUCAGCACCUUCCAGCAGAUGUGGAUUGCCAAGGCCGAGUACGAUGAGUCCGGACCUUCCAUCGUCCACCGGAAAUGCUUCUAGGAAAAUCCAAGAGGCCAGCCACCAUGCCUAUGCAUUAUAUAUUAACCUCCUCCUCCUCCUUCGACCAACAAUUUUUACACAAUCGAUCUUGCCCCGGCCGGCUCCUUUUUAUUCAUCUCUUCCUUCUUUCUUCUUCCAUCCGCGAGCGCGACGAGGCAAUCUACCUAUCUAUUCUAUUAUCUGUAAUUUUUGUUUGUUUUCUACUCCCCUUUUUCCAUUUGAUUGGAGAUCUCGGGCAUAUAUAAUGCUAUUGCACCACGUAUGUACAAGCAGCAUGCAAUUUUGGUUCAUCUAAUUCUAAUGCGUACCAUUUUUGGUUCAUCCUUUUCUUUCUUUCUUUCUCAAGAAAGAUGUUUUGCUUCAUUUGGACUCUUGUGUCAAAAUGUAUCAUGCAAUUUUUUUUA